AUGGACUCAAAGUCCAACGGUCGCCCCCCGCGUCGGAACAACCGUAAGAGGCCAGCCAACAACGGGAACGCGACCCCCGACUCUGAGAAUCGCCGGCCUCGACAGAGACCCUUCCACAAUGCAGUUUCUGCUCAGAGAAAUCAAUCCCAAGAUGCGUCCGCCGCAUCAGCUGCCCCGGUCACCAGCGCCGCCGCCGUCAUCGACAGCAACUCCCCUCGCUUCGCCGAUCUGGCUAGUGAGAAUCUCCUCGACCCGGUGCUCCUCGACACCAUCACACAAGACUUGAAGUUCGAUCGCAUGUCACCGGUGCAGGCCGCCACAAUCCGUCAUCUGAUCGCCGACCGCGGCGAUGUUCUGGCACAAGCCAAGACAGGCACCGGCAAGACCAUCGCCUUUCUUCUCCCCGCUCUUCAGACCCUGCUCAGGCGACCCAGUUCGCGCGGCAAUGACGUCUCGGUUCUUGUCAUCUCCCCCACCCGCGAGCUAGCGUUACAGAUCGCAAAGGAGGCUGAGGCGCUGCUUCAGAGGCUGCCUCAAUACAAGGUGUGCACCGCCAUCGGCGGCACAAACAAGGAUGCCGAGCAGAGGCGCAUCCUGCGCGGGUGCCAAAUCUUGAUCGGCACUCCGGGGCGUCUCAUGGAUCACCUCGAGGAGCAAAGUGUGGCAGAGAUGCUGCAGUCCGUAGACACGUUUGUGCUGGACGAGGCCGACCGACUGCUCGACAUGGGUUUCAUGCCGCAGCUCAAGAAGAUCGUCGCGGCACUCCCCAACAGGCAAAAGGUCCCCAGGCAGGGCAUGCUCUUCUCCGCCACCGUUGCCGAGCACGUCGCCAAGGUCUCCAGCAUUGCCCUCGCGCCCGACUACAAGUUCAUCUCCACCAUCCCCAAGGGCGAGUCCAACACGCACGAACGGGUGCCGCAGCACUUGAUCGAGGUCCCCAACUUUUCCGACACCAUGGCCGCCCUCGUCGGUGCCCUGAGGCACGAGCUGGCCGAGAGCGCCAACCAGGACGAGUUCAAGGCCAUAGUGUUUGCCCCUACGGCUGCCCUCGUGGACUUUUAUGCCGCUGUCCUCGAGGGGCUGCCCAACAUGCCCCGCAUCCUGACGCUACACUCGCGCAUGACGCAGAGCAAGCGCACGAGGGUGACCGAGGACUACCGCAAGUCUAAUGCGACCGUGCUCGUGGCCACCGACGUCGUCGCCCGUGGUAUGGAUUUCCCCUCGGUCACCAACGUCUUCCAGGUCGGUCUGCCCAUGGACAAGGAGUCAUACAUCCAUCGCCUCGGCCGGACGGCCCGUGCCGGCGCCGAGGGCCGUGGAACCUUCAUCGUCUCUGCUGCAGAGUCGUACUUUCCCCGCAAGGUCAUGAAGGACUUUACCUUUAUCGACCAGCCUGCGGACUUGAGCGCCCUGGGCGAGAUUAAGGAGGUUGCGCCAAAGUUGGAGCCUUACGGCAAGGCAUACCAAUCCUGGCUCGGAUUUUACAAGGUGUUCACCAAGCCGCUCGGCUGGGACAAUGAGCAGCUCGUGCGCGAGGCCAACAAGCUGGCGCUUGAAGGUUUUGGUGCGCCCGAGGUUCCCCCUUUGAACAAGAGCACGGUCGGCAAGAUGGGAUUGAAGGGCGUCAAGGGGUUGGUGGUGGUCAAGGACCCGCCCAGAGAGAACCGGAGUGGCGGUGGUCGGCAAAAGAAGGGCGACUCAUGUGCAGCUGUCGACAAUAAGGCAGCCAAGAACAUCAUGUAG